AUGCCGUUCGCCUCCGCCUCCAUUGGCAAGUCCUUCCGUAACGAGAUCUCCCCCCGUGCCGGUCUUCUGCGUGUGCGUGAGUUCCUCAUGGCCGAGAUUGAGCACUACGUCGACCCUGAGGGUGGUAAGAAGCACCCUCGCUUCGUUGAGGUCAAGGAUGUCGAGAUGUCUCUGCUGGACCGCGACGUGCAGCUGUCUGGCAGCACCAAGGUCUCCAAGAUGACCAUCGGCAAGGCUGUUGAGACUGGUCUAGUCGACAACGAGACCCUGGGUUACUUCCUGGCCCGUAUCCAGUCCUUCCUCUUGAAGCUGGGCGUUGACUCUAACAAGCUGCGCUUCCGUCAACACAUGGCCAACGAGAUGGCCCACUACGCCGCUGACUGCUGGGAUGCCGAGCUGCAGACCAGCUACGGCUGGAUCGAGUGUGUCGGCUGUGCCGAUCGCAGCGCCUACGAUUUGACCGUGCACAAGAACAAGACCGGCGCACCUCUGGUUGUGCGCGAGACUCGCUCUGAGCCCCUGCGCAUCGAGGAGUGGCAGGUUGAUCUUGAGAAGAAGAAGUUCGGCCCCCGGUUCAAGAAGGAUGCCAAGACUGUCGAGUCCGCCAUCGAGGCUCUGUCCCAGGAACUGCGUGAGAAGCUAGCCUUGGACCUUGAGCAGCAGGGCAAGAUCGAGAUUGACAUUGAAGGUGUCGGCUCUGGCAAGGUUGAGCUGGAGAAGGACCUGAUUAAGAUCGAGAAGCGCACCCGUGUUGAGAACAUCCGCGAGUACACCCCCAACGUUAUUGAGCCGUCCUUCGGUAUUGGUCGUAUCAUGUACAGCAUGAUCGAGCACGUCUACUGGUCCCGUGCUGGCGACGAGGCCCGCGGUGUCCUCUCCUUCCCCCCAUCCAUCGCUCCCACCAAGGUUCUGCUGGUGCCCCUCUCCACCAACACAGCCUUCAAGCCCCUGACUCAGAGCCUGAGCUCGAAGCUGCGCCGUCUGGGUGUUUCCAGCCGUGUAGACGACUCUUCCGCCAGUAUUGGCAAGCGUUACGCUCGUAACGAUGAGCUGGGCACUCCCUUCGGUAUUACCGUCGACUUCCAGUCCGUCAAGGACAACACCUUCACUCUGCGCGACCGCGACACAACCAAGCAGGUUCGUGCCAGCGAGGAGGAGAUUCUGCAGGCCCUCAAGUCUCUCGUCGACGGCGACGAGACCUGGGCCGAUGUGGCCAAGCGUCUGCCCGAGUUCACUGGCCAGGAGAUCGAGUAA